AGUGACUUGAUCAGCUGGAAUGCCCCCAGAUUCUAACCAAUAAAACCCAUUGAGUGUGGGAGCAGGGGUCACCUUGAGAUUGCACUGUCCAGGUCUAGAGUGAUUAUUUUGAAUUUUUCCAACUCCAAAACAAACCUCACAGUGUCUGUUAUUUUUGAUAAAGUGGGUUCACAUAGGCGUGUGCAGGCAACAUGACAGAAUCCGCAGGGGCAAAAUUCAUAGAAAGGGGGGCCCAUAAGGGCAAGGGCAUAGCAGUGUUCACCAGUGGAGGCGACUCACAGGGCAUGAACGCUGCUGUAAGGGCUGUGGUCCGGAUGGGCAUUUACUUCGGGUGCAAGGUAUACUUCAUUAGAGAGGGCUAUCAAGGUAUGAUAGAUGGAGGCGAAUACAUCAUUGAAGCCAACUGGUCUUCAGUGAGCUCCAUUAUCCACAAAGGCGGCACCAUUAUUGGAUCAGCCCGGUGCAUGGACUUUAAGGAACAUGAAGGGCGCAAAAAGGCCGCCUUUAAUCUAGUGGAAAAGGGCAUCACCAACUUGGUGGUGAUUGGAGGCGACGGUUCUCUGACUGGCGCCGAUCUGUUUAAGCAGGAAUGGUCGGUGCUGCUGGACGAAUUGCUGAAAGAAGGCAAAAUCACUGCGGAACAGCGCGAAAAGUACAAAUCGCUGUUUAUUGCCGGUCUGGUUGGUUCCAUUGAUAACGACUUCUGUGGUACCGAUAUGACCAUUGGAACUGACAGUGCUUUGCAUAGAAUCAUUGAGGCGACAGACGCCAUCGUAUCGACUGCUUAUUCUCAUCAACGCACCUUUAUUAUGGAAGUGAUGGGCAGGCAUUGCGGCUACUUAGCGCUGGUCGCUGCUUUAACCAGCGAAGCCGACUACGUUUUUAUCCCCGAAGACCCCGCUCCACUAGAUUGGACCGAUAAGCUUUGUAGAAAACUGAUGCAGGAAAGAAACGUCGGGCAACGGUUGAACAUCAUCAUUGUAGCGGAGGGCGCGAUUGAUCGUAACGGCCAACCAAUCACAGCCGAAGACAUCAGGAAGGUGGUGGUUGAUAAUUUGCAUCAGGACACUCGCAUUACUGUCCUGGGACAUGUGCAAAGAGGAGGAAACCCGUCUGCUUUUGAUCGGGUUUUGGGUUCAAGGAUGGGAGCCGAGGCAGUGAUGGCGCUGAUGGAGGCCGAUGAAAACACAGACCCGUGCGUUAUUUCCCUGGAUGGAAAUCAAGCAGUAAGACUGCCGUUGAUGGAAUGCGUGAAGCAAACAAAGGCGGUCGCCCAGGCCAUGGUAGAUAAGCAGUGGGACAAAGCUGUCCAAUUGCGAGGCAAGUCUUUCAUGAGGAACUUGUCCACCUAUAAGCUGUUAACGCGGUUGAAGCCACCAAAGACCGCAUUUGACGAACAGGGGCAAGGCAAAGAUCAGAAGCAUGGACUUCAGAAGCGAGAUACUUUGUGGGGCUCGGAAGGCUACACCAUGGCCGUUAUGCACAUUGGAGCGCCUUGUUGCGGCAUGAACGCAGCCGUCCGCUCUUUCGUCCGAAACUGCAUCUACAGGGGAGAUACAGUGCUGGGCAUCCACGACGGGCUGGAGGGGCUCAUUGCCGGAAACAUCAAGCAUAUGAACUGGUCGGACGUGACUGGUUGGGUGGGACACGGAGGGGCCUAUUUGGGCACGAAGCGCACCCUUCCCGGACAUCGCAUGGGGCUAGUGGCCUCCAGAAUGGAGGAGUUUGGCAUACAGGCAUUGCUGAUUAUUGGAGGUUUUGAGGGCUUUCAAGCGGCUUUGCAGCUGAGCGAAAACCGCGACGAGCAUCACGCCUUCCGCAUCCCCAUCAUGGUUAUUCCCAGCACCAUUUCCAACAACGUGCCCGGAACGGAAUUUUCCCUGGGUUGCGACACGGCCCUUAAUGAGAUCACGGAAAUUUGCGAUCGGAUCCGACAGUCGGCUCAAGGCACCAAACGGAGGGUGUUUGUGAUUGAAACCAUGGGCGGAUAUUGCGGCUACUUGGCUACUGUGGCCGGACUGGCAGGUGGAGCGGACGCCGCCUACAUCUACGAAGAGAAAUUCACCAUCAAAGAUCUGCAGCAGGACGUCUACCACAUGGCUACCAAGAUGUCUGAAGGAGUGCAGCGCGGGCUGAUUCUGCGGAACGAAAAGGCCUCCGACAACUACAAUACUGAGUUUAUAUUCAGAUUGUAUUCGGAGGAGGGCAAAGGCCUGUUCAGUGCCAGGAUGAACGUCUUAGGCCACAUGCAACAAGGAGGUUCGCCUUCGCCGUUCGACCGGAAUCUGGGCACGAAGAUGGCGGCGAAAGCCGUCGACUGGAUGGUGUGCCAGCUGAAGAACAACACGGAUCAUGAUGGUAAAAUCAACUGCACAGACCCGAACACCGCCUGCUUGCUCGGUAUUGUUAAGCGGCAGUACAAGUGCACUAGUCUGCACACUCUGAAGGACCAGACCAAUUUCGAUCAGCGUAUACCCAAAGAGCAAUGGUGGUUAAAGCUCAGGCCGCUUCUGCGUAUUUUGGCAAAACACGACUCAACCUACGAAGAAGAGGGCAUGUACAUGUCCAUUGAGGACCGACUAGUAGAUGCCACCAUCUAGAUUAUGCGCUUUCGUAGAUUCGCAUCCGAGAAGCUCGGUUCUUAGGAGAAUAUACUAGAAAUACUCCGCAUGCUUCGUUUUGGAUUCAUUCCAUGCUCAUCUAGGUUUAUUUUAAUUUCCAUGUAGAUGAUAACGGUCAAAGAUUGCUUCCUUUGCUAGGAACUAUGUCAGUAUUUUCUAUAGUUUUCAGGUAAUUCCAGGUUGGAUUCAACCUGCGGUUGAUUGAUUGUAGGAAAUUAUUUAUUUAUUUGUACUGAGUUAUAUUCAACUUAACGACUAAGUUGGGAUUGUUUGUUUGGCCUUUAUAGGCGCCCAUUCUACAAGAGUUUUAAGGAAGAAUGGCAAAUUGACUUACACAUAUAUGAAAUUGUAUCGUUUAUGGAAAUUGUUGUAGUAAAAGCAUUAAACGUG